AAUUAUCAUCACCGAUAUCAAAUAUGUCAACGAAUAUAUCACCAAUAUCAAAUAUUUCAUCAUCAAAUAUAUCGUGCAAUGGAAAUAAAUCUAAUAAUUAUUCACCUGGAUCAUCAUCUUCUGGAAUUAAUUUACCUA